AUGACCUCAAUGAAGACCUGGAUGCAGUUUGAGUGGGUUGACAAACCAGCAAGUGAUGUGUUGCAGUAUGAGGCAGGACAAUCACCUCUGGAUUGUUUGGAACAGGCAGCCAUCCACUAUGCUACUGCCAUCAAAUUCAAGCCCAGGGAUUCCAAACUGCAUUUCCUGCUUGGAAAGACUCUAGAGGAAUACUACUAUGCUACAGAAAUGUAUGGCCUGAAAAAGAGGGUUCUUGAGGAAGAUGACCGAAAUCUUAAUGAAGCCCAGACUACCGGGAGGCAGGAGGAGAUCUUGGCCAUUUGCAGGCUUCAUGGCUUCUUGGGAACACCCACAGUAGAGAACCAGCUGAAAGCCCUCGACAGAGAGUUCCACCAGCUGAAAGAGCAGGGCCAGUCAGGGAAGGCUGAUUAUGUCCAGACUCUUUUCAUCUGGCUUUCCAAAAAAGCUGGAAAGGACCACAAGGCUGGAGUGUGUGAUGAGGAGAGCUGGCUCCACAGAGCCUUUCUGAAGUACCUGGACGCCUGGUCUCUGAGUCCAGAGAGAUGGGAGUUAAACCUGCAGGUGGGCCGUCUGCUGCUCUUACAGGGGAAGAGCAGAGAGGCACUGCAGCAUCUACUCUCUGCAUUGGCCCUGACACCCUCACAAGCAGCGCUCAGGUUCUACAUGGGCCUGGCUGUCCUGCAGCAGGAUGGAGCAUCAGUGGAAGAGGAGCAAGAGGCAAUUCUGUUCCUCCAGCAGGGCCUAGAGUAUGUUAUGGACCAGUACUUUACCUCACCAGAGCAAGACCGAGAACAGAAACAGGAUGCUGAAUACUCUCUGUCCACUGUGAAUGUCCAAUUUCUAAGAGGCUGUCUCAAUCUGGGAGCGCUGCUGUCCAAACAUAUGACCUCAGGGCAGAAGAUGAGUCCAGUGCUGGUCUAUCACAUUGUUGCUGUGUUCGCUGCUCGAGCUGUUAGCGUGUGUGUUGGUCGGGGUGAGCUGACUCAGCAGUUGGAGUGGGUGCUGCUCGAUGCCCACUUUGCUUUGCUUGAAGCCCUCAUGCAGCAGCAGAGCGUGAUCAGGCAGGCGUGGAUCGCUCAGAGAUGCCAGGCGCUCACUGCUCUUAUACGGCUCUCCUGCAUCGCCCCCUGCAGGGAGCUCCUGGACAUGCAGGAGAAAGUGUGUAAGGUGGGAGUGAUGACCACACCCCGCAGCAGCACUGCACUCUGCCUGCUGGGCCUGAGCCAACUGGCCCAAUACGACAGUGACCCCAGCUCAGAAAGUGGUCAGGCAGCCAUGGCCGACGCCUGCCUCAGUUUCCAGGCUAGUAUCGCACUGGAGGGAUCGGCUUUGACCGGAGAUCCUCCUGAGCAACUGACCAAGCAGAAGUGGUGGAGGGACCACUUGGCUAAAGAGGAGGAGAAAACAGACAGGCAGGCCAGCGUUAAGGCCACAGAAGCAGCUGGACCUCCUGAGGCCACAGCAGCUGGGAGAGCAGCUGGAAGAGGCAGAGGUGCUCCAGGCCGAGGUGGAGCUACAGCUACAGCCACAGCCAAGAGCGCUGCAUCUGCCCCAGGCCGUGGGGUCAGGACUGCCACAGCAGCCAAACAGACUGGCCAAGCAGCAAGGUUAGCAUUUGAGACACAUCCGGACAGGAGAGCACCAGUGUAA